UGUGAAUCUACAACACCUAUCUUUUCAGCUCGUUUUAAUUUUUCUUUGUUUACUGUCAGUUCCAAUUCUACGUUAUGGACAUAAGCUCCUUACCGUCAGACAUCAGGCCAACCAGUACAGUUGUUUCUACAAAUGAAUUUAGUGAUGGAGGUCAGGUGAUUAAAAAUAUUAAUUUUGGAGAUACAGCCGUUUCCGUAUGUUCUAUAAAGACUGAAAACGAAAACUCUCCACUCUGUAAAGACAAUGUCUGUUUUGCCGAUACAAGUCCUAAGUCAGUACUAAAUGCUCCAACUAUAUCUACAUGUUAUGAUGACAACAACAACGAUUCUUUGUGCCUAAUACAAUCGGCAUCUAGAUUAAAUUUAACUCCACAUACAGAUCAGUCACCCUCUCACUGGCGAAGACUAAAAAAGCGUACUUCAGACAUACUUUUAAUGCAAAACAAGAAUCCAACAACUCCAAGCACUAUCGAAUCUCAAAUCUCUUCUUCCUCUAUAGCUACUUGUAAUUCUGAAAUUAGUUCAUUUUUUCCAACUAUUACAAAUGCUGUCAGCACUUGCUGCAUUAGUGGUUAUAACAAUGUAGAGAUGUCAAAUUCUGAUACGGAGUUGAACAAAAAUUGCUUGUACCAAAGUUUUCCACCUUCAACUUCCGCUAUUAUCCCGUUGGCUAAUGCAUCUCUUUUGUUAGAUCCCGGAAAAUUCUAUCCACCCAAUUCUAAGUGGAUUUCACCCGGUGCAAGUGGGUCUUCGAUCGCAGCUGCAUUGACAGCUGUAAAUAUGCAACAGAGAUUUAAGAAAGGAGACGUAGUCAAGACACCUAAUGGUGUAAGGAAAAAAUUCAAUGGAAAACAAUGGCGCCGUUUAUGUAGUCGCGAGGGUUGUACCAAAGAAUCUCAACGACGUGGGUUUUGUUCACGUCAUCUUUCAAUGAAAGGGAAGGAAAUGCGUGUAAUGGGAUAUGCCGCUGCUGUAGCGGCUUUGAAUUCUUCCGAAUCGAAAUACAGCACAUCAGGUAUCCCUAGAGAACAUGGAUCAAACCGUAAUAAGACGAAUUCAUUCACAUCUACCAGAUUAUUAUCUUCAUCAACACCAUCACUACUUCUCACUCCUUCCAUUUUUGCGCCCUACAAACUAACUCCUUUUCUGUCAACGAGUAAGUCAGCAUCUAUAACAACUGAGAUGGGUUCCUCUACGAGUGCAACACAAACGGUCAUAUCUUCUACAACUACGGCACUGCUGACGACGACAACGACGACCAUUUCACAACAAUCAGUGUUCUCGCUUCCACUGACUUCAAUUCAUUUUAAUGAUCGCUAUGAUUCAAGCAUUAUACCUGCCACUGUUGGUGCACAAGUUACUUCAAUGCCUAUUCCAAAUCCUUCAUUCGCACCAUUACUAUUUAAUACUUCCGUUGGACAAAUGUCUCCAAUUUCUACUCCUCUUGCUUUACUUCCUAUUCUCACGGAUAGUAUUUCUGUAGGGGAACCCUCUUUAAGAAAACAAGAUGCACCAAGAUUUAAUCCAAAUAAUUCAUCGGACUUUUGGAAUAAUCCAACUACAACUGAGAACGAAAAUAGUAAUUUUAACAAAGGUCACAGCAGCAGUAAUCAGUACUGUGAUAAUAGUCACAAAAGUCCUGGUCAUCGUGAAUCAGACAGUGACCAAUGUUCAACACCUUUAUUAAGUCAAGUCUGCAAUCUUGUAGAUAUUGAAAAGUCUGGUCAAUCCGCUGAAACAGAUUGUAUCGGAAAUUCCGAGGAGACCUGUAAGCAAGCAUCACGUGAGACGUCCAGUUCAGUAUUGACUCAAAAUUGUAGCAGCGACAUUAAUGAUAAUAAUAAUAAUAAUAAUAACAAUAAUGAUAAUAAUAAUAAUAAUAAUAAUAAUAAUAAUAAUAAUGGUGAUGAUGAUGAUGGCGGCGAUCAUCACAAUCAUGAUUAUGAUAAUAAUGAUGAUCAACUUAAUGUUACUACUCCUGUAAUUAAUUUAAACAGUUCUAAAACUGAUAAUAUUCAAGUGUUCAAUGAAUAUUCAAUGAAUAAAAAAAUAAAAAUGUCUACAAUACUAAAUAAAACUAAUCAAGAUAGAAAACAUGUACGUCGUCCAAUGAAUGCUUUUAUUAUAUUUUCUAUGAGACAUCGUAGUGAAGUACAUCGUCUUUAUCCAAAUAAAGAUAAUCGUGUAGCAAGUCAAAUUUUAGGUGAUUGGUGGUAUCAUUUAGAUGCAUCAGAAAAAGCACCUUAUCAACAAUUAGCUCGUGAACUAAAAGCUGCGCAUUUUCAAUCAUUUCCAAAUUGGAAAUGGUCUUCUAAACAAAGACUUAGGUCAGAAAGUGGAAACAUUAAGAAACGAUUCCUAACUCAUUCUAAUUCACAUCCAGAAACGCAUACAGCACUGACUGAUUCUAACAAUUUAUUGGUGAAUAAGUCUUUAUCAGAUGAAAAUAAACUAAAUACACAUUCAUUGACCAGUAACCAAAUCAAUGAAUCUGACAGUAUUUUAACGAAUUCAGCGUUAAACGAGUUAUCAGUGAAUAAUGAAUCACCUAUAGCUUUAUCACAAUCGAAUCUUAUAGCUGAAAAUAUCAGUCAACAUAACUGUCAUGACAAUUGUAGUUCCAUUGAAGUAAAAUCCUCUGUUAUUGGGAAUGAUCAGUAUAGAUUAAAUGGUUUAGACUUAUUAUUACAUGCCGUUCAAUAUUUGGAUAAAGAAAAUAACCUAUUUAAUGAUGAUUUAAUACAACCUCCACCACUUGUUAUUGAGGACCAUGAUACUGAUGCUAAAAACGUUCAAGUCAACAUUGACAAAUCCAAUACUUUCUGUAGUGAUAACUUUGAAACUGUUAAUAAUUCCAUCAAGGAGUUAACAGAGCACAAUUUUAAAGAUACGACAGUAACUCCUGAUCAAGAAUCAACCUCACUGAAUGGUUCAAUAAAAAACCUUUUAAUAGAUUCUAGUGUAAAUACUUCCACAUGUAAUUCAACCAGUCAAUCAGUUCUCGAACACUCAUCAAAUUCUGGUACUUUCGAAAACUCUAAUAACUGUCUACAAAACCAAUCAUUAAGCGAUUGCAACAAAUCCAAUUCAAUUGCAGACCUAUGUCAUUCUACAUUUAUACUACCACAAGUUGCCGUUUAUCCCAAUACAUUACUAAUUGAAGUAGCAGAAAAUCCUCUCCUGUGUCCACUAUCAAUUAAUAUUAAACCAACGUUAUUGUCGUCAUCAUCGUCUUCCUUGUCGUCCAAUUGUUCAUCUACAGAAUUGAACAACUCUUUACUUGAAAUCAAUCAACAAUCUGUAAAAAAUACUUGUGAAACAUCAAAAUAUAAUCAGAUCAAUGAAGUUUCUUUAGAAAAUAAUACUGAUACUCACAUACCUAACCAACAGAAUUCUACAGUUCCGACAAAUAACUCAUACCAUCAACCUGUUUUACUUAAAGAAGAAAAUUGUAUAAUCUAUGAUUGUGAGAAUAAAUUUCAAUCAUCUACUAAUGAAAAUUCUCAUAAUCAACAAACUGUUUCUUCUAAAUCAAAACCUCCUCCAUUGAAAUUACAAAAUGAUGUAUUUAAUUCCAGCAUCAUAAACAAAAAUAUUAAACAAUCUGAUAGAUCGGUUGAAAAAAGUACACCUCGUGCUCCAUUCUCAGCUGAUGCAGCUAAUCGACGUUUUAAACGAAAAUUUGAUGAAACUACAGAGAAUAUUUUAGCUCAAAUCAACUUUCGGCGUCGAUUUUCUUAUCUACCAAAAUUUAACCCUAAUACUGUCUCAUCUACACAAAGCUUAUCAUCACCAACAUCUAUCGAUCAAUUAACCAUACGUUCUGCAGGACCUUGUUUUUACUCAGAAACUAGUCAGACUAGUUCAGUUGCUCCAACACUUAGUAUAGACACUAGUCAACAAUUAUGUACGCUUACUUCUCCAAGUUCUCAUCUUAGUGAUUCGGAAAAUAUUCAUCAAAAUUUAUCACCCAAAAAACGUAAUAUGGAUAAAUCAAAUAAAUGUUUAGAAGAUAAUGUAUUUUUUGGUGCAAACUUUCCAAAUAUCAAAGAAUGUAAAUGGACUACUGAUUCAUUGAAUUCACCUUUACGUAUUUCUUCAUCGAAUAUAACUUCAUAUGGUCGUUUAUCUAAAAAUCAUCCAAUUGCUCCAAAAAUUAUUCAUCAUCAAACAAAUGAAAAUUCAUCAUUGAUAACUCUUUCUCAUUUGUCUGAAGCAAAUGGAAUUAAGUCAAGAUCUGUUUUACAUAUACGUCGUAAAUUAGUUUUACAAUUGUUUCAAGAAUAUGGUUUGUUUCCAUCAAUUCCUGUGAUUACUCAUUUUCAACAAUGUUAUGCUUGCUACUUCCCUAGUCGUCAAGCCUUACAAUUAAAAAUACGUGAAAUUCGUCGACGAAUCAUGCAAACCGAUUCUCAUCUAUUUCAAAAAACUAUCAUCAAAGAUAGUUAUGAUUAUUUAAAUAAUAAAAAGAAUGUUGAUAAUGAUGAAGAUGAUAAUGACGAUGAGAUUGAAUUAACAAAAAUAAAAUGUUCAUUAAGAACUAUUUCAAAACAUUCUAUACCUAUUGUUAAAUCAACUAAUACCUUACAUGAAUAUACGAAUAGGUGUUAUAAUAAUAAUAAUAACAAUACUAAUACUAAUUCAUCUUUAUCAAACCCAUUAACAGUUUAAAACUGUUUAUUUUCUUUACACUUAAUUCUAUUAUGUUAUCAUCUUUUUUUUCAUUGAUUAAACUUUUCAUCAAUUCCAUACAUUCUUCAAUAGGGUUAAUUUUUAAUCAUUAAUUUCUUGACUAAUAUUGUUCCAGUGAAUUUUAACUUGUCAUUUUAUGUUUUUUAUUUUAUUUUAUUUAUUUAUAUUUUCUAAUAUUUAUUUAUUGACUUUCAUAAUAUCUAUUCAUAUAUAUAUAUACUAAUUUAAUAUUGUGCUUUAAAUGCACAUUCUAAUUAACAUACACACAUCAUGAUCUUAUUUCACUUUCCUUUUUUUUCUUCCAUUUCUGUUUUCUUGUUAUAUGCUGUUCCAUUUUUAAUUAGCCUAAAUUUUCUAUGCUUAUUAUACCAAAGCUUUGGUCAUUCACAUGUGUGCAAUUAAAUUAUCUUUAUAGAAUGCCUUUUUUUCUUUCCUUUUUAUCACUUAAAUGUAUUUCUUGUAAUACACUGCUUUGUUUAAUUACAUAUAUAUAUAUAUAUAUAUAUAUAUAUAUAUAUAUAUAUAUAUAUAUAUAUAUAUUACGGGGAUUUUUAUUCAUUUAGACUGUCUUUUUCUCAUCUUAUUGUUCAUUAUAAAAAAUAUGUAUUUUGUAUCUGUUGUGAGUUGAAUGUAAUUAGUGACUUAAAGGAAUAGAACUAAAU